AUGGCUUUUGCUACAUUCAGUGUUACUUAUAAUCUUCCACAAAAUCGUCUUCAAUUAAGUUUUACUCUUCUAUUAACAGCUGUUACAUUUAAAUGGGUUGUUGUACGAUGUUUGCCAACAAUAUCUUAUCUAACAACAUUAGAUAAAUAUGUAUUAUUAUCCAUGGUAAUGCUAUGUGUUGUUUGUGCUUGGCAUGCUAUUAUAGCUGUAUGUCCAACUGAUGUAGCACCACGUUGGGACAAUAUGGCAUUAAUAUCAUUAGCAGUAAUAUAUACAGUAUUUCAUCUAGUAUUUUUUCUUUGGAUGUAUUUUGUUACGUAUCGUCGACGACGUGUAAUGAAACGUAAAGAUAAAGAAUAUUUAAAAAAUCGUUUUGAACGUCUAAAUGCUCUUGGUAUUUAUCCAGGUGAUCAAUCAGAUAAAUAUGUUGGUUCAUCGGCAGCCACAACUGUUGUACGUAAAACAGCACAUUCAUUAACAUCAACUGGAAAACUUCUUCAACGUGUAUUAACUUCCUCUGACGGAAUAUGUCGGCCAAAUCCUAUUGAACAAAAUCAUAAAAAUUUGACAAAUAAACAUGCAUUUGAAAAACAUCAACAUCGAGCAUCAAUGAGACAAUCAACAACAACAAAAAAUUCAAAUGAUUCUCAAAAUCAUGAUAUAGGACAACAAAUACUAUUAACAUCUGGUGAUAUCGAAGCAAUGACAAUGAAACAAUUUCGUGUUGGUUCUAUUGGAUGUUAA